UCAGAAGGCUGUAGCUGCAGGUGGAAGUUGCAGGUCAUUUGAUGGUGGCUGGUUGCUCACCUGGGGUUGGCUGGCUAAGCAGUGACCGAGGUGGUGUCCUGCUGGAGGGUAGUUGUAGUGCAGCAAGGUCGGGAUCAUGAGGAGGUCAAAUUUGGGAAUGGGAAGCGUUCAGCGAUCCGGGGCCAAGUCACGCAAUACUGACAGUACUCCAAGCAACAGACAAAGUAUGGGUCAACAAGCGCGGAAAUCAUUCAUGGCCAAGGGACUACGACCAGAUAGCGCAAAGAUCGUGGGCAGCAGAUUAAAGCCUUUGAGCAGUGAAGGUCUUAAUCGGCUGUCUUUGGCUUCAUUGCGGUUCACCCCAAAUAGAAAUAGUGGACCAUCCAGUAAUAUUCUUCAAGCUCCCGCCAGUGCUAGCAGGUUCAGCAAUAGUCAAAGGACACGGCAACGUAGCACAGGAAUGGGUACUGUAAGCAGGAAGGAGACCAGGCCCAUUAAUGAUCCAGCCUUCAAGAAUCAGUGCAUAGACAAGAUUCUUGAUUUUCUUGUUCAACAUGGCUAUGAGCACCAGGUUAAUCGGCGUAGUCUACACACGCCUUCAACCAAAGAUUUUGGAAAUAUCUUCAGUUUUGUUUAUCGACAUCUGGACAGCUCUUAUGUUCAUCCCAGUAGGUUUGAAGAAGAAAUUCCAAAGCUUCUGAAGCUUCUGAAGUAUCCUGUUCAGAUGUCAAAGUCAUCUUUUAUCACAGUUGGUUCCCCACACACCUGGCCAUCAGUGUUAGCUAUGUUAGUAUGGCUUGUGGAUCUAGUGACAAUGAAUGAAUCUCUUGACCCUGUUGCCUGUGUUUUUCCAAAUGAUGAAAGGUCUGAAAUUAAUGGAGGCAUGCUCAAGUUUUGGACACAUGUGAAUAUUUUCAACUGUGAUGAUGAUCCCGAAAAUAUUCAGGCUUGCUUAAAGUGUUUCCAAGGAAACAAGCUGGUAGUAUUCCACUUUGAGAGUCGUCAAACUGAUGGGGAGUGGGAACAAAAUUGGAAUUUUGCUGCCAAUCCCAGAUGCGAUUUGCUGGUAGAUACUGGACAUCUUAAGCUGGUUGUGGUUGCAGUUGUAGUUGCGGUGCGGUGGUGGAUGACGUUCCGCUUUGUCCUUGAUCUAAUAAGUCAGUGGCGUGGGUCCCAGCCUGGGCUGGCUGAGUGA